GUCAAAGCGGGAAGUUCUUUUUUGGACGGAGGGAGUAUUUUGAUCAUUUAUAUAAGGGGACAGAACGUCGUACACCCACGUUGAGGCACGUUCUUGGAGGGUGGGAGUUAAUUAAUAAAAUUUUAUUAAUUUAAUUUAUAAAAUAUAUACUAAAAAGUUAAAACUAAAAAAAGAUUUGAAACCCCAACAAUUUGAAGGUACUCCAAAUCCGUUUCAAAUGAAACUCUGUGAUGUUAGUGAGAGGGUUAAACCUGAUGUGGAGCGCGACUUCACACCAUUUGCAGUGCUCUUACACAGACGGACAUUCUUAGCCUGCGCGGCCCAAUCUGUCCACCGUUUAUGCUCAAAUAAAACCGAGAUCUGCUCCACUCCGCCUUCUCUCCCUUCCCGUCGGCCGUCACUUCCAUCGCUCACCGGUCUUCGGAAGGCGUCGUUCAAGAAGUUGGGGAAAAAAGCAAAUCCUAGCGGUCUAGAGGAAAGAGGAGGGGGUGAAAAAAAUGGCCAGAGCUGGGGGGAUAACGAACGCGGUAAAUGUGGGAAUAGCGGUGCAGGCGGACUGGGAGAACCGCGAAUUCAUCUCUAACAUCUCCCUCAAUGUCCGCCGCCUCUUUGACUUCCUCAUCCAAUUCGAGGCGACGACGAAGAGUAAACUGGCCUCUCUCAAUGAGAAGCUUGAUACCUUGGAGCGCCGGCUAGAGCUGCUCGAAGUUCAAGUCAGCACGGCCACCGCGAACCCUGCUCUCUUCAACACAUGAUCAAGAAUCAUAUUCCCCCUGAUGGGUUUGUACUGUAAGGUUCAGAGUUAUUCAUUUCUGCCCUCUUAUGUAUCUAUAUGUUCAUCCUAGGUGAGAAUUAGUUAGGUGUUGUAGAAAUGAAGUGUUUUUGUUUUCUACUAAUAAAUUGUCAUUGAAUCUGUUGUUCUGUUAGAGCCUUUCUGAUGAAUGCUUGAAGACUUGUUUAAAUUUUCGUUUAUGAUAAGAGGAAACCAUUCAUGAUUCAUGGACUCACAGUGCAGGAGUUUCUUCUAUGAAAAUGAGUAAAACAAAGGAUUUCCU